CUCCCUCGGCAAAUGCGGCGACCCUGCAAGGAGGAGACCGAUUCCAUGCGGUGCACAUCCUGCAAAGAGGAGUGCGUCACGCUCGAUGCCGGCACGUGCAAGCGGUGCUCCGAGGAGGUCAGCGAGACUGAGGAAGAGCUCAAGCGAGAGGUCGAGAAUUUAAAGGCCAAAGUCGCUUUCUUGAGUUUCUGGUCUCCAACCGGCCGCCACUGCCACCUCAGUGGUUGCUCCCAUGGCCCCGGGUUCACCGACGUCGUCUUGGUCGCCGCCAAGGACGGUCCCAACGGAGACCCAUCUAUGCCGGUGCCGGCUCACAGGGCUAUUCUGGCUAGCCGGUCCACAGUAUUUAAAGCAAUGCUCGAGAAUGAGAUGGAAGAAAGCCAAAGUGGCACCAUUAAGAUGAGCGACAUGUCAUGUGAUGCCCUCCGAGCAUUUGUCGACUAUCUUUAUGCUGAAGCGUGGCUCGAUGAGCAAAUGGCUUGUGAACUUCUAGUAUUGGCCGAAAAGCACCAGGUGGUGCACCUCAAAGCUUAUUGUGAGAUGAUCUUGGUAUCCAAACUAAACUGGGACAACUCGAUAAAAUAUUAUGCCUUUGUGCACCAGCAAAAUGCGAAGGUUCUUCUUGAGGCUGCCUUGUGCUUAAUCUUGGACAACAUAUAUGAACUCCAGAAACAUCAAGACUACUGGGAAUUCGUCAACAAGGACCCACGUCUUAUGCUGAAGAUAUACAGAGCAUUCUUGGGGAAAUUUUAG